AUGAGUAGUAUAACCACGCCUGCAGCUAUAAAUCCUGGAUUACCUCAUAAUAAUAUUAACAACAACAAUCGUGCCAAUGAUGUGUUGCAAUUAGAUCCCAAUCAAAUAAUUUCGGUGGAUGAACAAAUUCAGUAUAAGAUUCAAUUGUUAUUACAUAUCAAUAGCGUACUUUUAGCAAGAGUAAUACAUAUGACCAAUCCUUUUUUUAAAGAUAAAAAAAUUGAAGCAAAUUCACCAUCGGUAUUACCUGAAAAUAUUCAAUCAUUAGUAUCACAAAAUUUGAAAAGAGUCCAUGCUAAUUUACAAUGUAUAUCACAAAUUAAUCAAGGGUUUAUAAGGUCGAAACCCGUCAUUACAGUCGCACCGGUGAUUCCACAACAGCAACAACAACAGCCAAAUAAUGAUAUUUUAGCUAAAUUAUAUCUAUUAAUGUCAAGGGUCUUUGAAUUUUGGUAG